AUGGCGGGCGAGCUGCUGACGCCUGAUGACAUCACCUUCCUGAACACGUCGGGCGCCGCCACGCCUGCGUGUGUGUUUGGUGGUGUGGAGGAGGGCGGCCUGCUGUACCGCUGCAGGGUGACCUCCCACGUGCAGCAGCUGACGUGGGGCGUGCUCGGUGACGCGAGGGGUGCCUGCAUCAAGUCCACCACGGUGGAGACGCGCGCGAUGGACCUGCAAGUCAGCCUGCAAGCCGCGUCCACUUUGGCCUCUCCCCUGUGCAGCUCUGAUGCCACUUGGAGCGCCAGCCUGCCGCUCGCCCUGGACGUCAACCCGGCGUCGGGCUUCGAGGUCUCGCCGGAUGACGUCAGCGUCAACGACACCGCGUGCGUGCUCGCCGCCGCGGGGCAGCGGCUGGACUGCCACGUGCCUGCGGGCGUGACGGCGGUGGAGGUCGCCGUGACCAAGAACGGCUUCACAGCGCGGAACAUUACCGUCUUCAAUGCACCAGCCGUCGAUUACACACUCAGCGCCGCCGCCCGCCAGAGCUCCAUCGUGACUGAGUCCGGGCCGGCAGCGGAGGCCGUGGUGGACGUCUACGUGGGUGGCGGGCUGACGCAGAAUGAUGUCACCUCGAGCUAUGCUGGUUGCGUCUUCACCGGCAGCAGCGGAGGCGUGGCGCUCACCUACAGGUGCAGGGACCUGCCCAUCGGGGACACGCACAUCACCUUCUCCGCCAACAAGAGCGGUUGCCCGGUCUCCGACACUGUUGAGGUGGCCGUUAACACCAGGAUGUCUGCUGGCCCGGACCAGUCCGUGCGCACCUGUGACCCGUCCACCACCUUUGCCUUCAACGUCACCGUGGCGCGUGGCAGCGCCGCCGUGGGCCCCCUGAAGGUCAACCUGCCCGAGGGUUUGACCAAGUCAAACUACGACGGCCCCUUCAACGCGUCGGCUGGGCAGGAGCUGAUCAUGUUCAAGGGCAUCCCAGUGGGCUCUCACGAUAUCCAGAUCUGGGCCGACGCGGCCCAUGACGGCACCGUCAGCGACUCAGUGGUGCUCUCGGUGACCCAGACCGGCGUCGCAAGCAUCGAAAACGCGGACCGCCUCCCCCCCGUCUCCUACGUCGCAACCUCGGACGACCUGCCGUCCCAGGACCGCCCCGUCUUUGCUGACGUGUACCUCGUGAUGCGCGACGGCAUCGCGUCGUCCGACGUCCGCUUCCUCAACACCACCGGCGCCGCCCGGCCCGAGUGCGUGUUUGUCGGCGCGCAGGGCGCCGACCUGCUGUACCGCUGCCGGGUCGACUCGGGCGCGCAGCGGCUGACGUGGGGCGUGCUCGGCAAUGAGAGGGGCGCCUGCCUCACGGCUGCCACGAUUCAGACGGUCCCCCUGGACCUCCACGUCAGCCUGCCUGCCACCUUGGCGCCCGCCACGCCACUGUGCAAGCCGACCGACAAGUGGAUGACACAGAUCACACCCCGCCUCGAUGUGAACGCCGCGGCCGGUGUCGGCGUAUCGCUCGAUGACGUCAGCGUCAACAACACCGCGUGCGUGGUCAACACGGAGGAGCGCCGCAUCGACUGCGCGGUGCCUGCGGGCAUCACGCCGGUCAUGGUCACCGUGACUAAGAGCGGAUUCACCGCCAGUAACGUCACCGUCUUCAACGUCCCGGCCGGCGAUUACACCUUGGACGCACGCUUCGGCGGGGAGCCCCGGAAGCUGCUCCCCCUGGCCCCGCCCGCAAACGCCACGGCCCUGCCGCCCCUGACGCUCGUCGCCGGCGCCGACGUCGCGCCCGGCGACAUCGCGCACCCGGAGGGCUGCGACCCGGUGGGCAACGCGACGCUGCCCGGCGGGCGCACGCAGUACGCGUACAGCUGCGGCGCGGACGCCGUCGGCUUUGGGCGCUAUGCGCGGGCGUUCUUCGCGGUCAGCCAGGGCAACAACCACCACAUAGACCCCAACACUGGAUCAAGUGAGCCUGGGUUGUUUGACUUGUCACUGAAUUGA